AUGUACCCUGCCUUCACCGCUCUCACUCUUGGCAUCAUUGGCCUUGCUGCCUUUGGCUCCCCUGUCAGCAGCAGAGGGGCGCCCAGCACAGCUGCUUACAGCAGCAGGGCGAGACCUGCUAGCAGUGAUGGGAGGGGGACGGAGGAGGAGGGGCAGGGAGGGAGCGAGGAGAGGCGGGCAGAGGAGGAGGGGAGGAGUGUGAGGGAGGUAUAUGGAGGGGGAGAGGAGGAGGGGAGGAGUGUAAGGGAGGUAUAUGAGGCGGUGAGCACGCUCAGCACUGGAAGCACAGAGCGUUUCUUCUCAGGCCGCUUCCUCAUCCCUUUCUAUACCUGGAUACCCACACAGGAGAACAGAGCGUUGCAGCAGGCAGAGGAGAAAGUGAGGCGGCUGUCUCUGGACCUCAUUGCCAGGCGGCGACAGGAGCAAGCGCUAGCGAUGAUGCUGGCAUGUGCUGUACGUUCGUCAAUCAACCUCCUUCCCCUCUACCUCUUCCCCCUUUCCCCCCCAACUCUCCCUCCUUCCCCCUCUACCUCUCCCCCCUCCCUCCCCCUGUCCCCCCAGGGCGUACCAAGGAAGGAUCUCCUGGCAGUGAUGCUGGCAGCGAGGGAUGACGUCAGCAACGAGCAGAUGACCGACCAGCAGCUCGUGGACGAAUGCGUCACCUUCCUCGUGGCCGGUCAGGUCACCAUACAAGAGCAAAGCUACCCACCUCCCAUCCUUCUUCCACCCCUUUCUCCCAUUCCUUCGGGUCACGAGACAACUGCCAAGUUACUUACCUGGGCUGUGUACCUCCUUGCUCGCUAUCCUGAGUGGCAGAGGCGGGUGAGGGAGGAGGUGUGGCGGGUGGUAGGGAGGAGACACUGCGGCUCUUCCCCCCGACCGCUGCCAUCACCCGCGAAGCAAGCAAGCAAGCACGUCUCCCUUGGCCCCUACUCUCUCCCAGCAGGCACACGCAUCACUAUGGCCAUCAGCAUAGCACAGAGUGACCCGCGCUUCUGGGGGAAGGACGCUCUAGAGUUCAACCCAGCACGCUUCAAAGAUGGGAUACAGGGAGCAUGCUCGCACCCACAGGCCUUUCUGCCUUUCUCAGCGGGCCCUCGGGAUUGCAUCGGCUCAAACUUUGCUCUCUCGGAGGCCAAGGUGGUUCUUGCACACAUGCUGAGUUGUCUUGAGUGGGAUCUCUCACCCACUUAUGUACACUUGUCAACUAUGGGGAUUGCGCUUAGCCCUAAAUACGGCAUGCCGCUUCGGAUGAGGCUCGUGGAGUAG